AUGGAGGAUGAAGGGCUUGACAGGCCAUUCAGAUUUAUCGUCACUGGCCAAUAUCUUGCUAUUCACCAUCAUGACAGCAACUUCGAGAUAUGCAGAGAUUACCAUGCCCGUGGUGCUUUGUUUUACCUUUCCGAUGAUGGGGAGACGAUAAUUCAUAAUCACACAUACGUCGGCGCUCUCGCCGACCAUUCCGACUAUGAUGGAGACGUAUUUUACAUCCGCAAUGGGUCGCAGUACCUAACUCAAGAUGGGCAGUGGGUGGACCACGUUAAUGAUGCCGUCAAAGUCCAAAUCGACCCAGUGGGAGACUACGGCGAUGCCGGACCUCCCGUUCCCCCGUCAAUUCUAAACCCUGUCAUUGACACGAGCAAUCCUAUCUCCGCUGACGGAGUUGAUCUCUACCACCCCGAUAAAUGGUUUUCCUUAUAUCCUAUCAACGGCGACAGUAUCUGGACAGGCGAUGCUGGGGAAUUCAAAGGCAAGCUAUAUUUCGGUGGCAACUCAUACAGUGAUGGGAUGUGUUUUCAGCUUUCCAAACAUGAUGGGAAGACACAGAUCCGCUCCUAUGACGGUAAAUAUCUGGUCGUUAUGAUGGAACCUGACGUUGCUGCGUAUCUGAACGAAGGCUGUAAGCAACAUACCCGGUUUGAUCGAUGUUCCCGUUGCAUGCUCCAUUACACCAUUGGAUAUAGUUCCGAGCCACACGAGGGUUUUGUUUUGGUUCCGAAGGGUCUGCCCAGCAUGUUUGCCUUGAGUGAUGGCAUUUUCUACUAUAAAGUCAAUGUUCUUAAAGGCAGUUAUGCAGAGGUAGAGCGCGUUGAAGACAUCGACGAUGCCUCACCUUUCCAGUUUGUCGCUUGA